AUGUCGCAACAAGCUUAUCAGCAACAAGAAUCGGUUCAACAGCGGUACCGCCGCAUACUUAAUCGUGCCACAUCUACCACUGAUCGAGCCUUCUACUGGGAUGGCUUGUAUUAUCAAGAUUUGCAACCGGCACAACUGCCCCAACAAUACCAUUCAUCACUCAAUUCGUCACAAUCGCCUACUGAUGUCCAGACCUUCGGCAGUCUGCCAACAUAUUCUAUUUCGCAAUCGCAGCCCUAUAUGGACGAUUCUAACCUGGCCGUUUAUGAAGAGCUAGUUACAGGUUUUAUUCAUCAACAGAACGAUGCUCCGUCUACUUGGCCGAGCUUGACUACCCAUCCGCAACAACGCCAAUCUCAUGUAAUCCGUCGCCAGCAGCAGGGCAAACCUGAUAUUUCAGAUUUCAACAUUCUUCUGAAAUCAGGUGUUGCAAAAAUCACUGAUUUUGGUCUAUCAGGACAGAUGAUGUCCUCAUCAUCAGGUGAAGGCACUGCAGCAUACAGAGAUCCCUUAUCAUUCAGGAAUCAAUCAUAUAAACGUGGAAAAAAAUCUGAUAUUUUUAGUCUUGGAGUGUUGUUUUGGGAAAUUUCUAGUGGUCAGAUACCUUGUAAAAAUUGGACCAGUAUAGUAAUAGCAGAAUGUAGAAAACAAGGCUAUCGUGAUCCUCCUCUUCCAGAAACACCAGAAGCAUUUGUUCAGCUGUAUUCAGCAUGUUGGAGUGAAAAUCCUGAAGAACGACCAUCAUGUAAAGAAAUACACAAGCAAUUAAAAUUGUUACUUGAUGAUGAAGAUCAGCAUUUACUAUUACCAGGUAAAUACUGA